AUGUUUUUUAUAGGAUAAAAAUAAACUUAACUAAGACUCCAUUAAUUUAAUAAUAGAUUAUUUCAUUCAAUUAGACCUAACUCAGAUUCAACUCUUCUUACUAAUAAUCUAAAUAAUUUCACAAUAAUUCUAUAAAAUCUCUUCAUAAUAUUAGUAUUGUUAAACAGGAAGUUAAAUAAUAUAUAUUUGUUGUGUAAAAAAUCUUUAGAAAUAGUAUUCAUCUCCAUUUUUAAGCAAAUCUUAAAUUUUGAAUUAGAGAGGCAAAGCAGACAACGAAGAAAUGAUGUUUAUUUUCAAGUGCUGAUUGAAUCCAUUCAAAUAACAUAAUGA